AUGAGCAAACAUCUCUAAAAAUUCUCUUCAUUUUAAAGUUUUUAGAAGGAACAAUAAGCUUCAAAUAGAUUGCUCUAUGUGUAUCGCAACUCAGUUUAUGAUUUGACAGAUUUUGCUGAUCGACAUCCUGGGGGGAGAGCAGCUCUUAAUAUUUACAAAGGAAGAGAUCUUGAGAAUAUAUUCUUCAAUUCUUCCAUACAUAAGCAUAGUACACAUGCUCUUCAAGUUCUAUAGUAAUAUAAGUGUGGUAUAAUAGAAAUUAAGUAACAGUCAUCCAUCUUCAAUUCUAAAUCAACCAAUUUCACCACAUCUUUUGUGUCCAAAAAACCACAAAUUUAAAAUGACACAAAAACACAACCAAUCAAAAAAACACCUUUAAAGUCGUAAUCUGUAAAACCUAAACCAUCUCAUAAUGAAGACAGACUUAAUCAAUCGAUGAAUAAUUUGAAUUAAUCAAUGACCAGCAGUGUUAAAUCUCAUUUUUUACAUAUUCCAAGUCAAAUGGAAAUAAUACAAUUAUAGAAAUAGAAACAAAAAUAAUUGAUCUAAACUUGGAAAUAAACAGAAAUUGAUGAACUCAAGAGAUAAUAGGCUGAAGUAUUGAAACUAUAGUAAGAAAAAAACUAAAUGAAAGAUGAUAGGAAAGUUUAAAGUGAAAUUAUAUCUACAUAAAAAAAAUCAAUUAGUCCUUUUUAUUAAGCCUGGUUAGAUAAGAAAAAAAAUUAAUUAAAUGAAACAAGCACUAACAAUAUCUUACCAUCAUAUUUAACUUAAAGUAAUAGGCAAGAUGAUGAAAGUACCUUCUAAAAUGAUACUUAAAAUUAUCAACAAAAAUUAUCUUAAUCUGUAAUAAUUUAAAAAUAACAAAAAAAAGUAAACCCUUAUUAUGAAGAGUGGAAACGAAAGCAGGCUUAGAAAGAACAUCAAAAUAUUUAAGAGUAACUACAAUAAUCUAUAAUUAUGGAGGAAAAUGAAUCAUAGCUUUCAGGUUAACCAUCCUCAGUCAAUAAUAGUUUUUAAAGAUCAUUUUCACUUAUUAGUCAAAGGACCAUAGUGUAAGAAGAUCCCCAUUUAUAUGUGCCUGUUUUUUCUCCAAAAUUUAUCUCCCCUUUAAAAGCCAAGUUUUACCAUCCUAUAUCAAAUCUAAAUUUAAAAUAAAUUUUAUCAAAUAAUAAUCAAAUGUAGAAUCCGAUUUUUAAUGCCGCCAAAGCAGCUUUAACCAAAUAGUUGAAAAUUGAAGAUCCCAUUUUAAUGUAUAAACACUUCUUAAAAUCUCCAUUUUUGUGUUCAAACGAAAUGUUGAAGAAGGAAACUCAUUAAGAAUUAUUUAAUAAAAUAAUAUUUUUAGGAGGGUUCCACGAAAGAAGAAAUUGUGGAGUCAUUAUCAAAGAAAUGAUUGCUAAUUGCUUUAGACAAUAUAGAAAUUUUGAACCUGCCUUAGAUAUUUCAAAUUUAGUUUAACUAUUCUUAACCCUAAGCAACGUUCUGUUAUACGAUGAUAAGUUAAUUUGUUUUAUUCUCAAUCAAUUAAAGAGUAAAUAAGAUCAAAUUUAAAUUAAGCAAUUGUAGUCAAUUUCUCAUUGUCUAUAUAAAUUAGGAAUAAAAGAUCAAUUUUGGCCAGAGCUUAUGCAUAAAAAUGUCAUUAUCUGCUCUUAAGUUUUUGGGAUCCAAGAUUUAGUAUAGCAUAUUCACAUUGCUAGUAAUCAAGUCUUAUUAAGUGAUUUUUAAGAGGAGAAGCUAUUCUAAUUAUUGGAAAUAUUGCAAAAUAAGUUCAUGAGUUCGAAAAAACAUAUCUAUUUAUCGAAAUUCUAGUAUUAGUUUACAUAGCUAAUGUUUAAUUUAUAUCCAGAACUCAUCAUGCAGAAGUAUGAUUAUCCCUAGUGCAAUAAGGACAAUAAAUAUAGAGCCUUUUUUGAUUACUUUUGCAAAGACUAUUAAAUAUGUAGGAUGCUUUUGGAUAGAAAGGAAAAUAACAUGACGGUAGAUUACUUCGAGAAUGACAACUUCCCUAAUUUAAUUAGAACCAAGGAUGAUGUUAUUGAAAAAAAGAUCUCGUCUUUCGAAUCGAAUAUCGAACAACUAAUAAAAAAAUUGAAUUUGAAAUAUAAAUAUCAGCAGAAAGUGGCCAUUUAUGAAAUCGACUUUUUUGUUGAAGACAAAUUUUUAAUAAAUUGCAAUGGGCCAACUCAUUUUAUAUAAAAUUUAGAUAAGGAAGUCUUAAGAAAAUCUCCAAAUUGGUUAAUGUAGCAAAGACAUCUGAAACAAUUAGAUAAUUAUCAAAUUAUAGACUUAGAUUUUCAGAUUUGGGACUAAUACGAUACAUCAGAUAAAUACACCAAGGAGUUCAAAAAAUUGUUGAAUUUAAUGUGA